AUGAGGGUACUCACUUUCUUGUUCGUCACUCUUGUCGCCCUCGCCACUGUUAUGCAAGCCCAACGCUACGAUCGGGCCAUCUACGAGGCACUUCUGAACGACUUGGAACGGGAAUUCGUCGAGCGCGACUUGGCGGAACGUGUGCUCGCUAAACGAGAGCUCUCUCGACAGGACCGAAUGGAACUUACUGAUCGUGUGCGUCGAGCGUCGGAAAAGAAGUCGUAUCCACGCAACUGCUACUUCUCGCCAAUUCAAUGCCUUUUCACGCGGAACUAG